CGCACACACACACACACGCACACACACACCGCGCGUAUCGCUAGCCGUUCGCCCCGAAAUCGUGGCGCGAGCUCACCGAAAACAUCUCUUUUGGAUGGAAGGUUAAAAGGUGGAAGUUCACUCGGUUGGAGUGCGCUUUGAGUGGCCCUCGUUAGUGCACUGUGAGUAGGAGAGAGCCUGUGAAAGCGGACGCCGCUGUUUGGCUCGUCAUUUCCACCCGAAGCCCCGGAGUGUCACCUUGCGUCUUCUUGUUGUUCUGCUCCACAACUUCAUUACGUCAUUUGUUUUCUUGCUCAGAGGUCCCAAAAUGAAGCAGGUCUCCAGUUGGUAAAAAUGAGUUCUAGCAGAAGUUUCUCCAGAAGCUCUAGUCCAGUGGAAAACAACCCAAUUUUCCUAAAACACUCAGCAAUGAUACUUUCUGCGGAGAGAACUUCCAUUCUAUACGUAUGACCAGAGCAGACAGAUUUGCUAGGACGUAACAAAUUAGACAGAAGAUAACAGCAAAGAAGAGCGCUCGAGGUUUGACAUGGAGGUUGAGCGGCAAGAGGUCAUGGAUGACUCCCUCUCCAAAACCUCUCAUAAAGGUCCGGAUGAGGAAAAGAAUCAAGUUCACAACUGUGACCUCUGUGGCAGGACUUUUAUGUUCUUAAGCUCUCUGUCCCAGCACAUGAGGAAGCACACAGGUGAGAAGCCAUACAAAUGCCCCCAUUGCCAGCAUCGCUCAGCCCAGAAAGGCAGCCUGAAAGCACAUAUUCGUACCCACAAGGUAGAUAGUAUGAGUCAGAGCACUGGAGGUAAAGAGGAAGAGGUGGAAGAUGAAGGAGACAAGGAAGGAGGAGUACCAGAGGAGCAGGGAGGUUGUUCCAGCCCAACAGAAAGUACCUCUGCUUGCAAUAAAGUGGUCAGUGGUGAGGAAACCUCUAAGACAAGAAAAAAAGGAGUUAAAAAAGAGAGGGCAAACAGUGAGGGAGGAAAGCAGUGUUCACUGUGUAGGAAGAGGCUCCGGAGUCAAUCUGAGCUGGAGCAGCAUAUGCAAGACUUUCAUGAUACCUUGCAGGAAGAGCACUUGCAGGCAGAAACACAAAACACACAUCCCACAGAUGAAAACUGCACCAUGGAGGAAAGUCCCAACAUGGAGGAAGCAGAGAAAGAGAAUGAGCUUGGUAAAGGGGACUUUCCGUGUGAUCAGUGUGACCAAGUCUUCACGCAAGCCUGGUUCCUCAAAGCCCACAUGAAGAAACAUCAAAACACUAGGGAUCAUGGCUGUCGCAUCUGUGGUAGGCGAUUCCGUGAACCCUGGUUCUUGCGCAGCCACAUGAAGACACACAACACAAAGACCAAGCCAAAGAGUGAUUCUGAACUUCCUGUGACUGUUAAUGAGGUGACACAGGUUGAAGCUUCCCUGGUAAAUGAUGUAUGCCUAUAUGAACUGUGUGCCAAAUGUGGUAACUUCUUCCAUGAUCGCAAGAGUCUGCGGCUCCAUGAGCAAGUCCAUAAGAACGCAGAUAAUUCUGCUAAUAGUGCUGAUGAAAGACCAUCUCCACUCACCAAGAGACGCUUCCUAGAGAGUCUGAACUUGAAGUCAGCAGGUGACACGGAGAAGCUCUCAGAAGCAAUGCUUGGAAAGAGAAUCCCAGAGUUGGACCCAGUUAGCAGCUAUCAGGCCUGGCAGCUGGCCACCAGAGGCAGGGUGAUGGAAGUUUCUGAAAAAGGCCUGGGAUGGGAGGAGAGGUUAGCAGAUGCAGAUGUGGUCUAUGACAAGAAAAAGGGUGAAUAUGUACUGUUGAGACAGGAGAAACGAAAGAAACCAUUGGAUGCCACUCUAAGUAUCCCUAAUAAGAAGAAGCGAGGAACAGUGACUCAAGGCUCAAGCAACACCAGCACUGCCACUGAUCACCAUAGAAAUGGUGGGCAGACAUCGAUAGGGGGUGGAAGCUUGGAGAAUUUGAGUGACUCUGAAUAUCGUCCCUCUUCUCGCCACAGCCGUAAAAAUUCCCAGAAUAAGACCUCUGAGUGCUUGGAGUGUGGAAAGGGAUUUCGAACUCAGCAACAGAUGGUGAUUCAUAUGCUCAUAAGACAUGGCAGCAUGAGUGAAAGCAUAAAUGGGGUUUCUCUCCAAACUCUCUUUCCUAAUACACAGCCCAGUCUUUCUAAACCUGUAGAAACUGCAGAUGACCAAAGUCAGACAACAUACCCUGAAGGUACAGAUAAAAAGCCAUACACCUGCGAUCACUGUGACUUCAGCACCGCUGACUCAGCUGCCUUAGUGUCCCACAUACGCAUUCAGCAUGCAGCUAUCAGCAAUGAGGCCUUAACCAGCAUGAUCACCCAAAGCCACUCUCCUUCCACCAGCCACAGUGGCUACCCAAGGCUGAGGAAUGCACUACUCCAGCAACCCUACUGGCCCUACACCACCUCCACCCACCUGGAGAGGGCAGCACUAAGCAGCUCCAAGAACACUGAUGAGAACGAGGAUGAGAAGUGCAAAGAGCAUGAAGAGGCCAAUUCUGACAAAAUGGAUGCCAGCCUAUUGAAUCUGUCCGUGGAGGCUGAAGGUGACAAAGAUGGAGCUCUAGACUCAGUACAGAAUGGUCUAGUGAGGCAUCAGUGCCCUUACUGUUCCCAUGCCUCACUGUACCCUGAGGUUCUGUGGAUCCAUCAACGAAUUGCACAUAAAAUUGACAGCACCACUCUGAUCCCUAAGUGGGCUCCUAAAAAUGGAGUUAAGGGUCCCAAGUCAAGUCUUGAUUUCAAGAGACGCACUGGACCUCCUCCGUUUCUGGAGGGCAAGGACUGCCCUCCGCUGCCUCAGACACGAAUUCUCCGCACAAGUCCCCCUGAAUUAAGACCCGGAGGAACCAAGGACAAACCUCAAAGCAGCAGUGCUGAAUCCACUUUCUCACAAAGCAAAGGUCAACAUGCUGGACGACUGUCACACUCCUCUAAGCAAAAUCCCAGCAGGUCCCGGACAGAUGAAGUCAAGAGCACCAGGAGCAAAGCGGAUACCAACCAAUAUUUCACUUCAUCGACAAGCAGAGCAAGACCAGCGCUAAGUCCCCAAAAGACUGGAAGCCCAAAGACAGGAAGCAGACUAAUGGAAAGUAGCUUGCUGCCCCAAGAGGGACUUCGCUUCAUGCUCACCAGCAAACACAAUGCCUAUGAACACAGAAGUCCUAAACCUCAGACUUCCAGCCGGUCUGAACCUCCACCCCAGGAUGCAGAAAGCUCUUCUGGAUAUGACUUCUGUAGUAGGCUCAAUCUAGGUGGAUCAUCCUCACACUCCCAAACUAAAAAACAGCAGACAGGAGACAGUCCAGGAGCUCUUAAUGACAUCUACAGUUUCUUGAAGAAUUGCAGCCCUCAUGAUUUGGCAGCACUUUAUCAUCACUGGGGCUUUAGUAACAUGAUGAUGGAACCAGCAGGGAUGGUGAGGUCAGGGCAGAAAGAAGGAGAGUACAUCUGUCCAGUGUGUGGGAAGAACUUUAGCCAACCCAGUCAUUACCGCACACACAUGAGAUCUCAUACAGGUGAGAGACCGUUCCAGUGUCAGUACUGUCCCUACAGUGCCUCGCAGAAAGGCAACCUGAAAACCCAUGUCCAGACUGUACAUCGGCUCACCUUUGACAAUGCCCAAUACCCUGACAGGAGGCUCCACCAUGCCCCAUCUGUUGACCACACACACCCUUCCAGUCCCGGAUCAUCCCACAGAGCGACCACAUCCUGAACAGGAAAACCUCGGCUACACGGGUUAAAGAGGAGAACAUGUCCAUCCAAAGAUUUGUUAUCUCCUCCGUGGUAAUGUGUUUAUAGACAUACCCAAGGAGGGUUGAUUUAAUGAAAACACUUAAGUGUAUAUAUUGUAGUUGUUCAGUAAUCUUUAGUUUCAGGUUCUGUGCCAACUGUAAUUGGAAGCCGGUGUCAAGGUUUUUUGACAUGUGGAAUUCUGAGUUUCUUUGCAAACCAAACCAAUGUUUCUAAUAUGCUCCAAUUUUCCUUCUUAACUCAUUUCAUACUUGACCGAAAUGUUGAACCUGACACAAAGUACUGUAGGUUUUUAUGCACUGUCCUGAAUUCUCAUCAGUGGAUCCCUUAAAAAUGCUGCUUCCUUACAAAUAAUGGCCAGGAUGAUGUUAUAAAUUGAAGUGGUAGCCUUAGUUUGUGUGCUUGUGUGUCCAUAUCUUUCACUCCUCAGGACUUCAGUUAGAUAAAAUUCCAAAGUCUGUAUUAUGGUUAUUAUGAUUUUAUUUUAUUUUAUUUUUUUGUAGAUUACUUGUGGUACUUCUAGAGAACCUGCAGGUUAUCUCUCUGGCAUUAUACACACAGUAUGUCGUUAGGAUUUCAGAUACUAUGGUAUGUCUACAGUAUAAUAAAGUUAGCAUUCUUUAUUUGUCUGUUGGUAGAAUCCAUCAACAAAAUUCCAAGUCAAAACCUUGUGCAUAAGCUAAGAACCAUUAAUUGUCCAACAAAGGCAUCGAGAAUCCUUCAAUUCCCCUUUAGAAACCAUGUAUUAACAGUGUGGCAGUCAUUUGAAAAUUGGUGAAACUGGGUAACAUGGUGGCACAGUUGGCAGCAUUGCCAUCUCAUGGCCCCAGGGUUUCUGGAUCGGUCCUGAGCUGUGGUUACUCUCUGUAUGGGUUUUUCCAUUCAUUUGUUCUCCCCAUUUUCCUUUGGGUGAACAGUUUUUUUCCCACCUCCAUAAAAAGUACAGGUUGUUCAUGCUAAAUUGCAUAUAGAUGUGUAUGCAUGGUGCCCUGCAAAGGUCUAGAAUCCUUUCCAAGGUGUACUGCAAAUCCAGAGUCCAUCUUCUCUUAGGAUUAAUAAUCUUCAAGGAUAAAGUCCUUACUGAAGAUGUUUUGGUACUUGGUACAUACUUAGAAAAAUGAUUCUUUGAGGCUUCAUUGGAUAAUUAAGGUUUCUUAGGUUCCAAAAAAGGCAUGUACCUACAUUGAACCUUUAAGGGCUACACCACAAGGACAACCAGAAGAAUCCUCAAGGUUUCUAAAAACUUCACAGCAGGAAUUUUAUCUUAGAGUUUCCUAAUUCAUGGAAGUCUAUGUCUUGUAAAAUCAGGGCCAGUAUUCUAAAAACAAAUUAAAACCUACUCUUAACAUUACUGGGCCCAAAACCAAUUUUUUCUUUUUUUUUUAAUUUUUAAUUUUUUUUUUUUUAAGAUCAAAGGAAUGUGUAGAAAUGUCUUAUUUUCUGUGAUGUCACAAAGAAAGUCAAGAAACGAUCCGUUUUUAAUAUUGUUUGUGUGCUUUACCCUAGUUUGAUUUUCUAUUCUAUCAUUUCUGUCAUUUUCUUUUCUAGAGUUAUGUGAUUACCUUUAAUUGUACCUUAAAAUCUCAAAAAAGAAAAAAAAAACAUCUGAUGUAAGCUCUAUGGCACAUAAGGACUUAAAGCCAUGGUAGAUUUUUUUUCCCCCAAUAUUCAAGUUGUUGCUAGAGGACUUAAUAUAAAUGUACAUAACUGCAAUUUUCUGUUAUUAAUUCAGUUUAAAUUAUUGCAUUAUAGAAAUUAGCUUAAUAGCUCUGAUCAGAUCUAUAGAUCAAGAGGUAGCGUGUUUUUUAACGCCUUUAAAAAGCUUUAGAAUGCCAUAUUUUUAGAUGGUAAAUACUUAAAGCAAGGAAAUUCAUGGCCAUAUAUUUCUAUGAAUGUUGAAUAAUAUACUUAGGUAUUUACACAUUUAGUAAUACACAGUUGUGCAAGUUUGAAUACGUUCAUACUGUAUAUUUACUGUAGUCGACAGUGAACAUUUAUCUUGAUAUUUCCUGAUUGCAAUGUAUAUGCUGAAUCUUAAUGAAGGAAAACUCACUGUUCCCCCCCAAAAAAGAAAAAUAAUAGCCAUGAGGCAUCCUGAUAAUGUUAUCCAGGUUACACUCCUAUUUAUAUAUAUAUGUUCAUUUGUCAAGUAGUUUUAUCUAGAGUGAUCGCAGCAUAUGAGUUUAAACAUAAAUUUUCCAACACACAGUGAUCGUGUGCAUGCAACAAAAGUUAAGUGAUGAGUGACAGAUUAAAGGAAAACUUAAUGUGAUGUGUGUUAGUAAGAAGUCUGGUCUACACGAUCCAUCAGAACAGCUUCAGUGAACUUAGACAUAUAUUCUACAGUACAAGGAGCUGGGAGUUGUACUGCAAGGAUGAACUGUUUUAUUUUAUCACUAAAGAAGAUAAACAUUUUAUUUCCAUCAUACCUGCUGAAACAAAUGCACCAAUUUUUUUUAUACAACAUGUUAAACUGGAAAUUAGCUGAAUAUCGUUGCAGCAGUCAAACCUGACACACUAAGUCAUAUUCUUCAGUUCGGUCCAGCUAGAUAGUCAAUAAUAAAUAAACACAACUUUCAAUAUAAAUAGAAUAAAAAAAACUUUUUUUUUUUGAGAGUAGAUGAUACACAAAACUAAGCUAAGGGUUUACUUGUGUCUGUUUUAAACGUAUUCUAAGAUUAUAAGAAAUAUCACCUAAUAAGGACAUGCUCAGGGUUGGAAUCUAGUCGAGUUUUUGUAGCCUUGAAAAUUCUAUUAGAAAACAUACACAACAUAAUCUUGUUGUGUUGGUAUAUA